CAAAACGCUUUAUUAAUGGCUACUGACGAAGAGAAAUGUAAAGUGGCGAAAUUACUCCAAGAUUUAGAAGUGCCCGAGUUAAAGAUGCCCGAACGAUGCUCUGGAUUAGUGAAAGAAUUUGAGCAGAAAUUUGGGCCGGAAAUGGAAAGUGAGGUUUUAGUAGAAGAGAUUUACGAUAAUCCUUAUGUUGUCGAUAAAAAGUUAUUGGAAGAGAAUGAGAGGAAGUUACAAGAGCUGUUGGCUGAUAAUAAACGAGCCAAAAAGCAAUUGCCAGAGAACGUGAUGUCUGGACCUGAUCCAAAACGACCGUGGCGUACACAAUCAAGCAAAGAAAAACUUUUGCGUAUCGACAACGAUAUCAAAAGACAUUUGGAAAAUCGCGAUCUUUCUAUCGACCCCCUUAAAGAAGAAGUAAUGCAAGAUCUGGUGAAUGAAUGUCGGGAAGAGACACUACGUAACCCGCCCGUAAACCCAGACCGACUCCGGGAAACAGUGGUUGAGGCUCAGAAGAAUCUGCCUAAUUUCCGAUAUCGCACGAUUGAGAAUAGCACAGCAACCAAUAUUCUCCCUGAUGCCCACGAAAAUUGCUCUGAAGUGCUUAAUCACGAAUUUCCUUAAAUGUUAUAUGUCAUACCAGCCUGGUCCUAGCGCUAAGUAUGUCACCCGUCAAAAACAUUUUGGAGUUAUAGAUCACGCUGUCUCAUCUGUGAAUCUUACCCUAAGAAGUAUUCUAAAACGUCUUAUAACUCGUUAAAUAAUUAAUAAUCUCCAAAUAAGUUAAUGUGUGUUUAGUGAUAAUCAAUAAAAUAUUACAGGUUUC